AGCAUGAGGCGCAUUCUCAGUCACGAUACGUUUAAGACUGUCCGUGAAAUAGGUAAAUACUUUGAUUGCCAUGACAUUUUGACUGCUAGCGGUCGAGCCAUAUCUUCUCAGUACUUCUGCACGAAAUCUACGAGUCACUCUACAGCCAUGGAUCUCAGUGACAUGCGGAAAAAAUACAAAGGUGACAAGGAGUGCUUUGAAGAAAAUCAGCUUGUUUCUCUGGACCCCAUCAAGCAGUUCGGAGAUUGGUUUGAUCAAGCCACAAAGUGUCCUGAAAUUGGAGAGCCAAAUGCAAUGUGCCUCGCCACAUCCACUAAAGACGGGCGUCCAUCUGCCCGUAUGGUCUUGUUAAAAGGCUACAGCGAUGAAGGCUUCCGCUUCUUCACAAACUACGAGAGCCGGAAAGGUGGAGAGCUGGAAAGCAACCCUCAGGCGUGUCUGUGCUUUUACUGGGAGCCCAUCAACCGGCAGAUCCGUAUCGAGGGCAAAGUCAAAAGAAUCCCCUACCAGAGUUCCUGUGACUACUUCCACUCCCGGCCAAAGAGUAGCCAGAUUGGAGCUGUUGUGAGCCGACAGAGCACUCCCGUCCCUGACAGAAAUCACCUGAGACAGAAAAAUGCAGAGCUGGAGGAAAAGUACAAGGACACAGACGUACCCAUGCCUGACUACUGGGGAGGCUACAUCGUCAUGCCUGACCUGAUAGAGUUCUGGCAGGGUCAGACCAACAGGCUCCAUGAUCGUAUUGUCUUCACAAGGCCGAAAACCGGAGAGAGUGUUUUAGAAGACUAUCAACAUCCUGCUGAGGCAGGCUGGGUGUACCAGAGACUAUCCCCUUGAGACGGGCGAUUAGGGGAUAUAUUAGAGAAAUGGGACAAAAGAGCAGGGAAUUGGGUAGACUCAAGGAUGUUGAUUGGAAAACGUUGAUGUUGAAUAACUAGGUACUAUAUGAUCUGUUUCUUAACAAGCCAUCAUUUUCUGUUUUGUUCAAGUGGUCUUUUAUGCCAAAUCAAGGACAGUGUUUCUGGUUGGCUAAGUCCUCUCAAUGCCUUUUGUCUUCAGGGCAACAAAGGGAGAAGUUAAUAUAAUGCAACUGAACAGACUGGCCAACAGUGUCUGAAAUGAAAAAUGCAGAGGUCAUCUAAAUUUGAUAAAAUCUACAACCCUCAAAGUUUUUUGCGUUGGUCAUGACAUUACAUUUUGUGACAAAAUACACGUAAAGCAGAUUGUUGCUGUUACAAAUGGUUAAGGUUACAGCUAGGGUUUUGAUAAUAGUUAUGAUUUGGGUUAAUGUUACUAAAUCAUAUGUUUUAGCAUGCACUUUAACUCAUAGCUGUGCAUCCUCUAAAUGAUAGCUUUUCAUGCGAAUUUCGAGUUUCAGAUCAAUCUGUGCAUUUUUAGCAUGAGAUCAUGUUGGCUGAGCAUGUUUACACUUUACGCCAGUGGUUCACAAACUGCACACAACACAUCAUUUUUUUGUGUUGUUUUAUGUUGUGAAAGAUAGCGGAGCGAGUUGUUCCUGAAAGAGCGGGAGAGCUGGAUUUAAAACCCUGUUGCGACAGUACUUGGGAACCAGAGGCAGUGGGUUAGACCGCAGGUCCAACCAAGACCAUCACAACCAGGAACUGCCUAAUGAAAAUACUCGGGACCCCACUCCCUACUAUAUUCAAAGUCAUGCAUGCUGUUUCAACACAAUAGUGACAUGAAAGUGCAUUUUAAUAAUGACCUCGGUUUUUAGGUUACGUGAAAAAGUUCUGUACCCAUUUUAUGUUAUUCAGUAAGAGAACUGAUUCUGUUUUAUCCAACAACAGUGGACCAAGUGUGGGCCUCAGAACCUCCAGAAAGUCUGUACUUGUGAAAUCACAAUGUCCUGUACUAUCUGAAUGUUAUCUAACAUUUAUACAUUUCCAUUCAUUUAGAACAGGGGUUUAUCUUCCGUUCAGGUGUCUUUUCUAAAGACCUAACUCAACAGGAGUUUCUCUGUCAACGUGUAAUUAUAAAUUCACUGUGUUAAAUGUU